CUAAGCCCCACCUUCUCACAGAUCGACUUGCCGUAGCAGCUAGCAACCGGCAUGUCCUGGGGCUCGUAUAAAAACGAGGCUGCCUCUACGUGCCCCCCGCACCCAUUUUGAGCAUUGGCAUGGUCGACACGGAUGCCGCUCUCCUCUAUCAGCUGAACACCACCGCUGGCUGCCUGUUCGUCGGCGUCACGCUGACGUUGUGCCUGUACGGAUGUACUUGCGCGCAAACACUGUACUAUUUUCACAAGUAUCCCCGCGAUAGGACGUACUUGAAAGUACUGGUCGUGGUUGUAUGGCUGCUCGACACUGGCAAGGUAAUGGCGGAGAUCCAGGAGGUUUGGCUGGACCUCGUCACACGGCAUGGGAACCCACUGGCGCUCCUGGAGCUGGACCUCUGGCUUGGCGUUGAGCAGGUCUUCGAAGAUGCGACUCAGGCAGUAGUCGAACUCUUCUUCCUGCAGAAAGUAUGGCAUACGGCCCUGUUCCAAUCGCAAAAGCUACUGUUUAGCAUACUGGCGGGUGGCCUCUUCCUCUGUGAGAUUGUAUCCAACAUCUGGGUUGAGAACUGCCUCUUCACCGUAACCGGGUCCUUCAACGUCCAAGACGAAUUCAACGCGUCCACCUUCUCCGGGACGGUCUGCAUGGCGCUCGACAUCUUGAUCACAGCGAUGCUCUGCUACGACCUGAACCUCCGGAGAUCAGAAUUCAGCAGGACGGACAACAUCGUGUUGCGCCUCAUCUACUACAUCAUGAGUCGCGGGAUCUUCCUCUGCUUCCUGCAGGCGGUCAUGUUAGCCACCAACUCGGGCGUAGACAAGUACGAAGGCACGUUCACGUCCGAGAUCGCGAGACCCGUCCUGGGCACAGCGCUGGCGAACUCGCUUCUCGUCCUCUUGAACGAGAGAGCGCACGUGCGAGAGGCCGUGGACAGGCUCAUGGAGCCCUCGUGCUACUCGGAGCCCCUGGACCAGAUCGUGUUCGAGCUGCAUACGGUCCAGCGGGAUAUAUAGGUAUACCGAUGCGCUGCUGGGCCGUAGAUGAGGACGCUUGUAUCCAGAGACGAUGUAGCCAGCCUUGCCAGUGUGCCAUCCCUGUUGCCAC